CCUCUGUUUACAGAUGAAGAAAGUGAAACACAGAAAUACAUGGCUAACUGUCAUACAGUUAAUGGUUCAUGGAGCUGAAAUUUGAACCUGGACUCCAGCCACUGUGUUAUACUGGCUCAUGGCAGUGAAUGAGUGUCUGGAGUAACUAGGAAAAGUAUGCUUUAAUCCCUGUCUUUGAAGACCUCAUCGUCCAGUGGAACAAGCCCAGAUCAGGCCUGCAUUUCUGGUUGCUGAGUUGGAUUGUUAUAGAUCUUCUCACCUGUCUCCUGCCUAUGGUGCCCUCCAGACAGCCUGCCUUGACUCCACCACAUGGCUCUGUGCUAGGAAGCUGGAUUGCUAGCAUUGCAUAGACUGGGCAUUUUUUCUUCUGUGCUUAAAGUAUUGCUAUGGACAGCAGGCAUCAAAGUAGUCACAAACUCAACAAAGCUGAGAAGAAGUUCUUAAGGAAACAGAUUAAAGCCAAGCAUACCUUGCUGAGACACGAAGGCAUUGAGACAGUAUCUUAUGCCACUCAGAACCUGGUUGUUGCCAAUGGUGGUUUGGGUAAUGGUGUGAGUAGGAACCAACUGCUCCCAGUUUUGGAGGACUGUGGACUGGUGGAUGCUCUCUUAAUGCCACCUAACAAGCCCUACUCAUUCGUGAGAUACAAAACCACAGAAGAAUCCAGGAAAGCCCAUGCUACUCUUAAUGGAAAAGAGAUAGUGGAUGAUUUAGGACAAAAGAUCAUUCUGUACUUAAAUUUUGUGGAAAAAGCACAGUGGAAGGAGUUGGGGCCUCAGGCCUUACCCCCGGGCCUCAUGGUUGUAGAAGAAAUCAUUUCUUCUGAGGAUGAGAAAAUGCUUUUGGAAAGCAUUAAUUGGACAGAAGAUACAGAUAAUGAAAAUUUUCAAAAAUGCUUGAAACACAGAAGAGUAAAGCAUUUUGGUUAUGAAUUCCGCUAUGACAACAACAACGUAGAUAAAGAUAGGCCACUACCCGGGGGUCUUCCUGAUAUUUGUGAUAGCAUUUUGGAGAAGUGGUUGCAGGAAGGUUACAUUAAGCAUAAACCUGAUCAACUGACCAUAAAUCAGUAUCAACCUGGGCAUGGAAUUCCUGCUCAUAUUGACACGCAUUCUGCUUUUGAGGAUGAGAUCAUUUCUCUCAGUUUGGGGUCAGAGAUUGUCAUGGAUUUUAAGCAUCCAGAUGGUAUCACAGUCCCAGUUAUGUUGCCUCGUCGGAGUUUGUUGGUGAUGACAGGAGAAUCUAGAUAUCUUUGGACCCAUGGAAUCACACCCAGAAAAUUUGAUACUAUUCAAGCAUCUGAGCAUCACAAAAGUGGAAUUAUCACCAGUGAUGUUGGAGACUUAACUUUAAGCAAGAGGGGAAUCCGAACAUCAUUUACAUUUAGGAAAGUGAGGCGAACACCUUGUAACUGUAGUUACUAUGUGGCCUGUGACAGCCAGAGGAAAGAGAGUCCUCCUUCAUUUCCGGAGAGUGAUCAAGAAGCCUCCCAGCUGGAGCGAGAGUAUGUCCAUCGAGUGUAUGAAGAGAUUGCUGGGCACUUCAGCAGCACCAGACAUACCCCUUGGCCACACAUCGUGGAGUUUUUGAAGGCUUUGCCAGAUGGUUCAAUAGUGGCUGAUAUUGGAUGUGGAAAUGGAAAGUACCUUGGCAUCAAUAAGGAGUUAUAUAUGAUUGGUUGUGACCGUAGCCAGAAUCUUGUGGACAUUUGUAGAGAAAGGCAAUUUCAGGCCUUUGCGUGUGAUGCGCUGGCAGUGCCAGUCCGCAGUGAGUCUUGUGAUGCCUGCAUCUCCAUUGCUGUUAUUCACCAUUUUGCAACAGCAGAACGUAGAGUGUUGGCUCUCCAAGAACUCGUUCGACUCCUGAGACCUGGUGGGAAAGCACUUAUCUAUGUCUGGGCAAUGGAACAAGAAUAUAAUAAACAGAAGUCUAAAUAUCUUAAAGGAAACAGAAUUAGCCAAGGAAAGAAAGAGGAAAUAAGCAGUGACGCUUCUGCACAAGGGUUGCUUCUGGAGCAGAUGCCUGACAUGGGCCAUCAAGACACAGCAUCUUCGGUCCCCUGCUUUAGUGACAUUCAGGAGGGAGAAUGUCAUUCAAACAAAGUUGCUAAUUCCGAGCUGCCUGUUCAUACCAACAGGACUUCUUUUCAUUCUCAAGAUGUUCUAGUUCCCUGGCACCUUAAGGGAAGCUCUGGGAAAGCCAAACCUGUUGAGUCAUUGGGUCCAUUAGGAUCCUGUGAUACCAGUGCUGUGUUUCACCGUUACUACCAUGUGUUCUGUGAGGGAGAGCUGGAAGCUGCCUGCCAGACUUUGAGUAAUGUCAGCAUUCUGCAAAGCUACUAUGAUCAGGGAAACUGGUGUGUGAUUCUUCAAAAGCUCUGAUUUAUUUAAAUGACCAAAUCAUAUAGAAACACACAGCGUUUGUUUUUAAAGGAGACUUAAUUAAUUGUAUUUCUAAUUAAAGAGAAAAUGUGUGGAAAAGUAACGAAGGAGGAUACCUGCAAGAAGUAUGGAAGUAGAAAUUAGGAAACAUUCAGUCUGCUGCUGUUGGCUGACAUCUUAGGUGUAGGCCCCUUCUCACGUUACUGCUAAGGGUGAUUUUCAAAAUUACUUGAAGUAGUUGGUGAAAUGUUUGGUAUCUUUGGAUGGGAAUACAGCAUUUUGAAGGUAAUCUUUUGUUAUAAAAUGUUACUAAUUGAAUGAUAUCAUGUCAACUCUUAGUGAAGUGAUUUUACAGCAUUUAAAUAAAAUAUUCCCAAUCAGUAGGAGAUUGAAAUUUUGUCUGCAUCUUUUUACUUCAUAAGAUCAUAGAUGUUAACCACUUUAUCACCAAACUUUACAUGACACAAUGGUUGCCCAGUAAAAUUUUAAUCAAUCAAAGGGUGAUUGUUUGGCCUAGUGGUGAAGAUGCCAUUUAAGAUGCCUGUAUCACAUACUGGAGUACCUGGAUUUGAUGCUUGGCUCAAAAAUUCUUACUCCAGCUUUAUGAUAAUGUGGACUUUGGGAGGCAUUGGUAAUGGCUCAAGUAACUGGAUUCUUACCAAUCUUGUGGGAGACCUGGAUUGAGUUCCUGCCAGCUUUGGCCUGGCCUAGCCCUAGCCCUUGUGAGCAUGUGGGGAAUGAACCAGUGGAUGUCAGCCCUCUCAAUUUGUCCAUCUGUCUCCCUCUGUCUUGAUUCUAGAAAAAAAAACUUUUAAAAUCAGAUAACACCUACACUUAGGCACUGCAUUCAACAAAUACUUAUUGAACCUCUACUAUUUACUAAUUGCUACUUUUUUUUUUUUUUUUUUUUGAUAGGCAGAGUGGACAGUAAGACAGAGAGAAAGGUCUUCCUUUGCCGUUGGUUCACCCUCCAGUGGCUGCUGUGGCCAGCGCGCUGCAGCUGGCACACUGCACUGAUCCGAAACCAGGAGCCAGGUGCUUCUCCUGGUCUCCCAUGCGGGUGCAGGGCCCAAGGACUUGGACCAUCCUCCUUUGCACUCCCGGCCCACAGCAGAGAGCUGGACUGGAAGAGGAGCAACCGGGACAGAAUCUGGUGCUCCAACCAGGACUAGAACCUGGUGUGCCGGGACUAGAACCUGGUGUGCCAGCACUGCAGGCGGAGGAUUAGCCUAUUGAGCCACGGCGCCGGCCUAAUUGCUACUAUUUUAAGUACUGAGAAUGGAGCAGAGAAUAAGAAAGAACAGCUUUAACUUCAUGGAGCUUACUUUCUAGAAGGGGAGACAGAAGAUAUACAGGCUGGCACAGUGGCUCAAUAGGCUAAUCCUCUGCCUGCAGCACCAGCACCCCAGGUUCUAGUCCUGGUCAGGGUGCUGGAUUCUGUCCCAGUUGCCCCUCUUCAAGUCUAGCUCUCUGCUGUGGCCCGGGAGUGCAGUGGAGGAUGGCCCAAGUGCUUGGAGCCAGUCCAAGCAUCUACAGCCAGCUAAUCUUUGACAAAGGAGCUACAGUCAACCCCUGGAGAAAGGACAAACUAUUCAACAAACAGUGCUGGGAAAAUUGGGUCUCUGCAUGUAGAAGUAUGAAACAACACACAUACCUUACACCUUACACAAAAAUCAACUCAAAAUGGAUCAAGGAUCUAAAUCUGUGACCUGAUAACAUCAAAUUACUAGAGGAUAAUAUUGGGGAAACUCUGCAAGACAUUGGUAUAGGCAAAGAUUUCUUGGAAAAGACUCCAGAAGCACAGGCAAUCAAAGCCAAAAUAGACAAAUGAUAUUACAUUAAGCUAAGAAGCUUCUGAACUACAAAGGAACCAUUUAACAAAGUCAAGAGGCUGCCCACAGAAUGGGAGAGAAUAUUUGCAAACUAUGCAACUGAUAAAGGAUUAAUAUCUAGAAUCUAAAAAGAGCUCAAGAAACUUAACAACAAAACAAACAAUCCAGUUAAGAAAUGGGCAAAAGACUUGAACAGGCAUUUUUCAAAAGAUGAAAUUCAAAUGUCCAACAGACAUAUGAAAAAAUGCUCAGAAUCAUUAGCCAUCAGAGAAAUGCAAAUCAAAACCAUACUGAGGUUUCACCUCACUCCAGUUAGAAUGGCUCUCAUACAUAAAUCAGAAAACUGAAUACUGAUGAGGAUGUGGGGAAAAUGUUCCUUAAUCCUUGGUUGGUGGGAAUGCAGAUUGGUACAGCCAUUGUGGAAGACAGCCAUGGAGAUUCCUCAGAAAGCUGAACACAGAUCUACUAUAUGAUUCAGCUAUCCCACUCCUGGGAAAAUGAAAUAAGGGAAAUGAAAUAAGCAUAUAAAAGAGUUAUCUGUAACCCACCAUGUUUAUUACAGCUCAAUUUGCAGUAGCUAAAAUAUGGAAUCAACCUAAAUGUCCUUUAGCUGAUGACUGGAUAAAGAAAAUGUGGUAUAUAUAGACUAUGGAAGAUGACACAGCCAUAUAAUAGAAUGAAAUCCUGUCUUUAGCAAACUGGGAGCCAUUAUACUUAGUGAAAUAAGCAAGUCUCAAAAAUAUAAAUAUCAUAUAUUUUCCCUGAUCUGUGAUAACUAGUAGAGUACUAUAUAUAUAUAUAAUUAUUUGCAUUAAAAUCUACAUAAAAUUAUUCUUGUGCAUAAACUGUUGCAAGGAGAUGGAUUAAAGUAUAAGUGAACUUAAUUAUUAUCUUGUAACCACACAGGAAACAUUUAGAUAUUACAUUGUUCUAUUUAGGUUGCAUUGGUUCUAUUUCAUUGAAAGAAAUUAUGAAUAACUAAUUGCAAAAAUAACUGUAUGUGAAUGAAAUGGUCAUUUUUCCAUUCAAUUAUAGUUCACAGCCAUUGUCUAUGUUCCCACUAAAUUAGGGUCUUUUUGCUUUUUACUUGUUAAACUUCUUAUUUGGUGAAGUAUUAAGCCUUUUUACUGUAAUGUAGAUUUAAACUAUGUUAAAAAAAGAAAGGUAGAAGCAAGGAGGAUGGGAAGAAAGGAGGAAGGGAAGGAGGAAGGGAAUAUCAUUAUUUGUUCUUUGACUUGUAUCUACAAAUCACAUAGAAUCUGUUAAAAUUACUUAAAAGAUGGGGCCAGUGCUGUGACACAGUGGGUUAACACCCUGGCCUGAAGCACUGGCAUCCCAUAUGGGCUCUGGUUCGAGACCCAGCUGCUCCACUUCCUGUCCAGCUCUCUGCUAUGGCCCGGGAUAGCAGUAGAAGAUGGCCCAAGUCCUUGGGUCCCUGCACCCGUGUGGGAGACCUGGAAGAAGCAGCUGGCUCCUGCCUUCAGAUCGGCACAGCUCCGGCCAUUGUGGCCAUUUGGGGAGUGAACCAUCGGAUGGUAGACCUCUCUCUCUCUCUGCCUCUCUUUCUUUGUGUAACUCUGACUUUCAAAUAAAUAAAUAAAUCUUUAAAAAAAUUAAUUAAAAGAUAGAAAAAGUUGGAAAUAUAGUAGAAUUCUUAAAAAUACAUGAAAUUAAACACAUAAACUACAGAACAUGACUUGUGAUUUUGUUGAUGUUGUUAUGGUGGUUUGGAAAUGGAAAAGUCAUGGGAAAGAUUAUGUUGUUUCUACUCUGGGAGAGCUUUCCUCUUAUUCUCAGGAAAAGGUCCAGCAGGGAGAAUAAAUGUGCAACAUUAAUAUUGAAAGCUGCCAAGCUACUCUUGGGUGGCAGGGUAGAAAAAGUAAGGGUUUAGUAACCAAGCAUCUCUGCUUAUAAUUCCAUCUGGGAUUGUAAACUAUAUGCUUAACAAAACUUUCUGGUUGUCUAUUUUCUUAUGUAAAAAUAAUAAUGCUGAUAAACUACACCACAAGAUAUGUACAAUUUUGUAUUUACCUGGUGCAUUGUGAGGAGCAAAGCACUUGUGCUUUCCCUUCUAAUUCCUGUAUUUAUGUAUACAACCCUGUUUCACUAUGAAUUCUUAAUAAUUUUAAUAAAUAUUCUUUUGAUAAAAAAUAAAAUUAAAUAAAUGGCUGAAAGGGAAGUGAGCUGAUGUGAGAAAAAAACAUGCAGAUUGUUUCUAACUGCUGACAUUGUAAGUAAUAAUGACUACAUAAAUGUUCAAUGUACAGUCACUUACUACCUUAAGUUUGUCUUGCCAUAUACUCCUCUAUCACAGUAAAAGAAUUUUUAAAAAGUA